GAAAGGACCUGCAACAGGCACUUCUUGAGACACAGAGCUUGGUCAAAGGCAUACAAGAAUUGAAUUCCCAAAUUCUAUAGGCAUCUCAGGAAUUGCAGAAAACUUGUGCCGAUCUUAAUAAAAUACCAGAAAUACAGGCUGAACUUGACAAUUUGGGGAAAGAGCACCAGAGAUUACGGCAAGCCAAGUAACUCAUAGUUAUGUUUCCUUCAAGCUGUUUCGUCUAGGAACUUUAACCAGAUUUUUAGUCGAAAUCGAAAUGUCUUGUUGUACCUCAUCUAAAAUUGAAGAUUUUUGUGUUUCUUUUAUAUUAUAAUGUGCUUUUAGUACAAGGAUUAUGAAGAAUUUGUCACUGAUCGAUUGUUUUGGGAGUAGAUUAUAAUUUGCUUUUAUCACAAGGUCCAUGGUGAGCGUGGCCAAGACGAGCGCGAUGCUGUUACAGCACCAGAAUGACGGCAGCAACAAGCCAGCGUGUCAGAGGAUUGCAGUGGCGCAUCUAAGGAAGCCAAUCUCCUAGGCAAUUGUUUGUGGCCUCUUGCUAUUCUCAUCUUUUGCUUGGGCUUGAUUUCGUUCUUCACUAGCCAUGUGGCGUUUGAUCUCAAGUGGUACCCUUAGCGGUUGGCGAAACAAAGCUUCUUCUUCAAAUUGGAGGGGAUUGGUGGCUUACCCAUUGAUAUUUGGAAAUCUGGAGAUUCGAUGUACUUCUACAAAUGUAGCCAAAGGGGCCAUAAGUUUGCUCAUAAGUCGCCUUAGUCUUACAUUGCAUUGCAUACUUUGCCAAUUUCUUUUGCUUUAAUUUAUUGAUACUUUGUUUAUGAAUCUUGUCCUGACUGUCUAGAAUUGGAGCUAUUGCCAUUGAAUUUUUCUAGCUUGAAGAGCAUGAAAGAAAACAUCAAAUAAGAUCAUUUUAUGUAUAUACCCAAUUUAAGGAUAAAUUUGUCUAGAACCAUGGAUGGGUUGGUUUGAUUUAGGGAUUUAGGGACUUUCAUAUGGUAAAGGGAAUAAGAAAGGAGUUUUAUGUGU